AAGUCCGCAGGCGCCAUGGCCCGCGGGGCCUGCGUCCCCUGGGCGUCGUCGGGGGCCCGCGCUCAGGCCGGCUGGUGGGGGGCCGUGCUGGGCGCCCUGUGCCUGCUGCCCGCGCUCCUGCUGCUGGUCCGGCCGGGGGCCCCGCCGGCUGCCUGGCCCGCCGCAAGCGCAGCGCAGGUGACCCUGGCUGCCUCCUCAGAGCACUCGCUUCCCUUGAAGGAAGACGCCGCGACCCACCCCGCCGGUGCCCUCAGCACCCCGGGGCCCGGCCCGCUGCCGCCCCAGGCGCCCCGCAGACGCCGCUACACGCUGACCCCCGCCAGGCUGCGCUGGGACCACUUCAACCUCACAUACAGGAUCCUCUCCUUCCCGCGGAAUCUGCUGAGCCCCAGCGAGACCCGGCGGGGCCUGGCCGCCGCCUUCCGCAUGUGGAGUGACGUGUCCCCCUUCAGCUUCCGCGAGGUGGCCCCCGAGCAGCCCAGCGACCUCCGAAUAGGCUUCUACCCGGCCAACCACACGGACUGCCUGGUGUCCGCGCUGCACCACUGCUUCGACGGCCCCACGGGCGAGCUGGCCCACGCCUUCUUCCCCCCGCACGGCGGCAUCCACUUCGACGACAGCGAGUACUGGGUCCUGGGCCCCACGCGCUACAGCUGGAAGAAAGGCGUGUGGCUGACCGACCUGGUGCACGUGGCGGCCCACGAGAUCGGCCACGCGCUGGGCCUGAUGCACUCGCAGCAUGGCCGCGCGCUCAUGCACCUCAACGCCACGCUGCGCGGCUGGAAGGCGCUGUCGCAGGAUGAGCUGUGGGGGCUGCACCGGCUCUACGGCUGCCUGGACCGGCUGUUCGUGUGCGCGUCCUGGGCGCGGAGGGGUUUCUGCGACGCCCGCCGGAGGCUCAUGAAGAGGCUGUGCCCCAGCAGCUGCGACUUCUGUUACGAGUUCCCCUUCCCCACGGUGGCCGCCACCGUGCCGCCCCCCAGGACCAAAACCCGCCUGGUGUCGGAGGGCAGGAACGUGACCUUCCGCUGCGGCCAGAAGAUCCUGCACAAGAAAGGCAAAGUGCACUGGUACAAGGACCAGGAGCCGCUGGAGUCCUCCUACCCCGGGUACCUGGCGCUGGGCGAGGCGCACCUGAGCAUCAUCGCCAACGCCAUCAACGAGGGCACCUACACCUGCGUGGUGCGCCGGCGGCAGCGCGUGCUCAGCACCUACUCCUGGCGCGUGCGCGUGCGCCCCUGA